AGAAACAAGGCGCGGAGACGCCGUCAACAAAAAAAAAAAAAAACAAGAAGACAGCAGAAGAACAAAAACCAAACGAAGAAAAAGAGAGAGAUUAAUUACUGUUUUCGUUAAAUGAUCAACGAAAUAUAUUAUUUUUUUCGGUUAAUCAACAAAAAGAUCGCGUCUUUCCGCUCUCUUCUCUUGUGCCUUCCCUUCGUCAAAAUCCGUUUCCCAUUUCGUCAAAAUUAGCAACGAGAUAGGAAAAGGGAACAAGGGUUGAGGGCGUUGAAUCGCAGAUCGGAAUUUGGAUCUCAGAUCUUCUUCUUGACCCGAAACCCUAAUCUGACGCAUUGCCCCAGCUUAAUUCGAUCUAAGUCUGGGAUUUCUGUGUUUUCCUUCUUCUUGUCUCGAUCUUUUGCCGGGUCUUUUCAACAUGUGUUUCCGGUGGAAGAUGAGAUUGUGAGAUUGAUUUUAGUAUCGUCGGCUGAAACGGGUCGAUUCCGAAUCGGAGACUCGGAUCUGGGUCGAGUUGGACCGAGUCAGGUCUGGUCAGGUGAGGUCGUCGGAUGAAUGUUUCUAGGAUCGAAGGGCAAAACAAUGAAAUGGGCAACAUUGCUCAAGGACAUCAAGGAGAAGGUCGGGCUAGCUCAAUCCUCCGCCCCGGCGAUCGCCGGCGCCGGCGCUUCUGAUGCCACUGCUCUGUCGUCUUCCUCCUCUUCUCCAUCUUUUAAUGUUGGCGCCUCUGCUCUACAUGACCUCAAUUUAUUGUCUCCCUCAAGAGAUAAAUAUGAGUUGGAACUGGACUUCAAGAGAUUCUGGGAAGAGUUCCGUUCAUCAAGCUCCGAAAAGGAGAAAGAAGCCGCCUUAAAUCUCACCGUAGAUUCCUUUUGUAGAUUAGUGAAGCAGCAUGCUAAUGUAGAUCAGUUAGUUACCAUGUUAGUAGAAACACAUAUAUUCUCUUUUGUUAUUGGAAGAGCAUUUGUGACAGAUAUUGAAAAGUUAAAGAUCAGCAGCAAGACGAGGUCACUGGAUGUGGGUAAAGUAUUGAGGUUCUUUUCAGAAGUCACCAAGGAGGGAUUUAGUCCUGGUGCAAACCUUCUAACUGCUGUUGAAGUCCUAGUAUCUGGGCCCAUUGACAAACAAUCAUUAUUGGAUUCUGGGAUAUUAUGUUGUCUAAUACAUGUGCUCAAUGCCCUUCUGGCAUAUGAUGAAGCUAGCCAAGUUGAAAAAACUGCUGAUUUUGAAGGAAAUGCGGCAGCAGAUAAAGAUGUUGGAUGUGAUGUUCUCCAAGCUAGGCGACUUGAGGUAGAGGGUAGUAUUGUCCAUAUCAUGAAGGCAUUGGCUAGCCAUCCUUCUGCUGCUCAGAAUUUGAUUGAGGAUGACUCACUUCAGUUGCUUUUCAAUAUGGUUGCCAAUGGUUCUCUGAAGGUUUUCUCUCAGUAUAAAGAAGGUCUAGUUCCUCUCCACAGCAUACAGCUUCACAGACAUGCAAUGCAGAUCCUUGGGCUUCUUCUUGUCAAUGAUAAUGGGAGCACAGCCAAGUACAUACGCAAACACUACCUGAUAAAGGUUCUUUUGAUGGCUGUCAAAGAUUUUGAUCCGGAUUGUGGUGACUCAGCCUACACAAUGGGCAUUGUGGAUUUGUUACUUGAAUGUGUGGAAUUAUCAUACAGACCUGAGUCUGGCGGUGUCAGGCUCAGGGAGGACAUACGAAAUGCACAUGGUUACCAUUUUCUUGUUCAGUUUGCUCUCGUUCUAUCUUCCAUGCCAUCGAGUCAGGUUUCUGUGUCCAGUCAUUCAUCUCCGCGCUCAAAUAGUGGUUCAGAUGGCUCUGAAAUGUUACCUGAUGGAAAAAACACAAAUUAUAGGGGAAGCGAUGACCUGGCCUCACCAAACUUCUCUCCUUCAUUGUCAAGAUUGCUUGAUGUCCUUGUCACCCUGGCCCAGACUGGUCCAGCUGAGCCAUCUGGAGGAAGGGCCUCGAGAUCAUCCCAGACUAAGAUCAGUAGGCACAGCAGAAGCCGUACACCAUCCAUUGAAAGCUUAUACGAUGAAACUUGGGAACAGGGCAGUAGUAAAGUUAAAGACCUUGAAGCUGUCCUAAUGUUGCAAGACAUCUUUCUGAAGGCAGAGAACAAGGAUCUUCAGGCAGAAGUGUUGAACAGAAUGUUCAAGAUAUUCUCAAGCCAUGUGGAAAACUACAGAUUGUGUCAAGAAUUAAGGACUGUUCCACUUCUUGUCCUCAACAUGGCCGGUUUUCCUUCCUCGCUGCAAGAAAUUAUACUCAAGAUCCUUGAAUAUGCUGUGACAGUUGUGAAUUGUGUUCCGGAGCAAGAACUGCUGUCACUUUGUUGCUUACUGCAACAGCCGAUCACUUCUGAGUUGAAGCACACGAUACUUUCUUUCUUUGUAAAGCUUAUAUCCUUUGAUCAACAAUACAAGAAAGUUCUCCGUGAAGUUGGCGUUCUGGAGGUUUUACUAGAUGAUCUGAAACAGCACAAGCUUCUUAUGGGUCCAGAUCAGUAUAGUGGAGUCCCUAAUCAACUGGAUCGGAAGCCUAGUUCUGCUAGCUUCAAAAAGCAUUUAGAUAGUAAAGAUGCCAUUAUCACAUCACCCAAGUUAAUGGAGUCUGGUUCAGGAAAGUUGGCUGUAUUUGAAGUUGAAAGCACUAUUGCUGUUGGCUGGGAUUGUAUGAUCUCUUUGUUAAAGAAAGCUGAGGCUAAUCAAGCAGCAUUUCGUUCUGCCAAUGGUGUAACCAUUAUUCUCCCUUUCUUAGUCUCUGAUGCCCAUCGAACAGGUGUUUUGAGGGUCUUGUCAUGUUUAAUCGGUGAAGACACUAAACAGGUGCAUCAUGAAGAAUUAGGAGUAGUUGUUGAUCUAUUGAAGAGUGGAAUGGUCACUGGUAUUUCUGGUCAUCAGUACAAGCUUCAUGAUGAUGCCAAAUGUGAUACAAUGGGCGCUCUGUGGCGUAUUCUUGGAGUUAAUGGCUCUGCUCAAAGAGUAUUCGGUGAAGCCACUGGUUUCUCUCUUCUAUUGACGACCCUUCAUACUUUUCGAGGGGAAGGAGGAGAGCACACAGAUGAGUCUUAUUUGAUGGCUUACAUCAAAUUGUUUAAAUAUUUAUUACGCCUCAUGACAGCAGCAGUCUACGAAAAUGCUGUUAAUAGGAUGAAACUUCAUGGUGUUAUAACAUCUCAGACAUUCUAUGAUCUUCUGACGGAGUCUGGUUUGCUCUGUGUUGAGUGGGAAAGACAAGUCGUUCAGCUGUUGUUAGAACUAGCACUUGAAAUUGUGCUUCCACCAUUUUUGACAUCAGAUUCUAUGGCCUCAGUGGAUAUAACAGAAAAUGAAAGAGCAAGUUUAGUUGUAACCAACCCGUCCAGUCAGUUCAAUCCUGACAAGGAAAGAAUCUACAAUGCAGGUGCUGUUAGAGUUCUGAUCCGUUCAUUGUUGCUUUUUACUCCAAAGAUGCAGUUAGAAUUUUUGAAUCUUCUAGAAAAGCUUGCACGGGCUAGUCCCUUCAAUCAGGAAAACCUCACAUCUGUUGGUUGUGUGGAACUUCUGUUGGAGAUAAUCCACCCCUUUCUUCCGGGUUCAUCUCCAUUUCUUUCCUAUGCUUUGAAGACUGUUGAAGUUCUUGGAGCAUACAGAUUGUCUCCAUCCGAGCUCCGAAUGCUGUUUAGAUAUGUUUUGCAAAUGAGGAUUAUGAAUUCAGGCCAUGCCAUAGUUGAUACGAUGGAAAAACUAAUUCUCAUGGAAGACACAGCCUUGGAACAUGUUUCCUUGGCGCCUUUUGUAGAGAUGGACAUGAGCAAAACUGGGCAUGCAUCUGUUCAGGUGUCUCUUGGAGAAAGAUCUUGGCCUCCUGCUGCGGGCUAUUCAUUUGUUUGUUGGUUCCAGUUUCGUAAUUUCUUGACAAUCCAAGGGAAAGAUACAGAAGCAUCCAAAGUUGGUGGUUCAUCAAAGAUGCGGAUGUCAAGUGGACAGCAGCACGAGCAAAAUAUUUUCAGGAUAUUUUCCGUUGGUGCCCUACAAAAUGAAAAUCCAUUCUAUGCAGAACUGUACUUUCAGGAGGAUGGUUCUCUGACCCUUGCCACUAGCAAUUCAAAUUCUUUAUCAUUUUCUGGGUUAGAGAUAGAGGAAGGCAGGUGGCAUCACCUUGCUGUUGUUCACAGUAAGCCAAAUGCUCUCGCUGGACUCUUUCAGGCUAGUGUUGCAUAUGUCUAUCUUGAUGGAAAAUUACGGCACACUGGUAAGCUGGGAUAUUCUCCUUCACCGGUUGGAAAAGCUUUGCAAGUAACUGUUGGAACUCCAGCUACUUGUGCCAGAGUUAGUGAUUUGACAUGGAAAGUACGGUCAUGUUAUCUUUUUGAGGAGGUGCUCACAUCAGGUUGCAUUUGUUUCAUGUACAUUCUUGGUAGAGGGUACAAAGGUCUUUUCCAGGACUCGGAUCUCUUACGCUUUGUGCCCAAUCAGGCUUGUGGCGGGGGUAGCAUGGCGAUCCUGGAUUCGUUAGAUACAGACAUGGCUUCAUUGUCUAGCACCCAAAAGCACGAUGGAAGUAACAAACAAGGGGAUUCUAAGGCAGAUGGUAGUGGGAUUGUUUGGGAUCUGGAGAGGCUGGGAAAUCUUUCCUUUCAGUUACCUGGAAAGAAACUCAUUUUUGCUUUUGAUGGGACAUGUUCAGAGUUUAUGCGCGCAUCUGGAUACUUUUCCCUCCUCAAUCUGGUUGAUCCAAUGUCAGCUGCUGCUUCUCCAAUUGGAGGGAUACCGCGUUUCGGGCGUCUGGUUGGAAAUGUGUAUAUCUGCAGACAAAAUGUGAUUGGUGAUAUUAUUCGUCCAGUGGGGGGAAUGGCUGUUGUACUUGCUCUUGUUGAGGCUGCCGAGUCCAGAGAUAUGCUACAUAUGGCUCUUACAUUGCUUUCCUGCGCACUACAUCAGAAUCCUCAGAAUGUGAAGGAUAUGCAAACAUACAGGGGUUAUCAUUUACUCGCUUUGUUUUUACGUCCCAAAAUGGCGUUAUUUGACAUGCAAUCUUUGGAGAUUUUUUUCCAAGUUGCUGCAUGUGAAGCUUCAUUUUCAGAGCCUAAGAAGUUGGAACGUGGUCAGAGUGUUACUGUGUCACCUACAGAGACUAUACUUGAAAACAGCUAUGAGGAUCUCAAUCUCUCAAAGUUCCGUUAUGAAACUUCGUCAGUUGGGUCUCACGGAGAUAUGGAUGACUUUUCUGUACCAAAAGAUUCUUUUAGUCACAUCUCUGAGCUGGAAACAGGAGAUAUUUCAGUUGAAACUUCAAACUGCAUUGUCUUGUCUAACGCAGACAUGGUCGAACAUGUCCUCCUGGACUGGACUCUCUGGGUGACAGCUCCUGUUUCUAUCCAGAUUGCUUUACUUGGUUUUCUGGAGAAUCUGGUGUCAAUGCAUUGGUAUAGGAAUCACAAUCUUACAGUUCUUCGCAGAAUCAAUCUGGUGGAGCAUUUAUUAGUGACCCUUCAGCGGGGUGAUGUGGAAGUUGCUGUCCUAGAAAAACUAGUUGUUCUGCUUGGAUGCAUCCUAGAAGAUGGCUUCCUGACUUCUGAGCUUGAAAAUGUGGUUAGGUUUUUGAUAAUGACAUUUGAUCCUCCUGAAAGAAAGUCCCGAAACUCAUUAAUGCGGGAGUCAAUGGGGAAGCAUGUAAUUGUGAGAAAUAUGCUCUUGGAAAUGUUAAUUGAUCUCCAAGUAACGAUAAAAGCAGAAGAAUUUCUGGAGCAGUGGCAUAAGAUAGUCUCGUCAAAAUUAAUAACGUACUUCCUUGAUGAAGCUGUGCAUCCUACGAGUAUGAGAUGGAUCAUGACCCUUCUUGGUGUUUGUCUUGCUUCUUCUCCGAACUUCUCCCUUAAAUUUCGGACUAGUGGAGGUUAUCAGGGGCUGAUGCGGGUACUUCAAAGUUUUUAUGAUUCCCCUGACAUAUAUUACAUCUUGUUCUGCUUGAUAUUUGGGAAGCCUGUUUAUCCAAGACUACCGGAGGUCCGGAUGUUAGACUUUCAUGCGCUCGUACCAAGUGAUGGGAGCCAUGUGGAGUUGAAGUUUUUGGAUCUGUUGGAUUCAGUGGUUGCGAUGGCUAAAUCCACUUUUGACAGGUUGAUCAUGCAGUCAGUGCUUGCCCACCAGUCUGGAAAUCUUUCUCAGGUUAGUGCCAGCCUUGUUGCAGAACUUGUUGAGGGCAAUGCAGAUAUGACUGGGGAGCUUCAAGGGGAGGCUCUGAUGCACAAAACAUAUGCAGCAAGAUUGAUGGGUGGUGAAGCAUCAGCUCCUGCUGCUGCGACAUCUGUCCUUCGGUUCAUGGUUGACCUUGCGAAGAUGUGCCCUCAAUUUUCUGCUGUUUGCAGACGAGCAGAUUUUCUUGAAAAUUGUGUUGAUCUUUACUUUUCCUGUGUCAGGGCUGCAUAUGCUGUGAAAAUGACAAAACAGCUUUCUGUAAAGGCGGAAGAGAAGAAUAUAACAGACGGUGAUGAUAGCAGCUCACAAGGCGCAUUCUCUAGCUUGCCCCAUGAGCAGGACCAAUCCAGCAAAACCUCCAUCAGCGUUGGAAGCUUCCCUCAAGGGCAGGUCAGUCUGAGUUCUGAAGAUAUGAUUUUACCUUCAGAUGAUGUGGCUCAUAAUAAGGUGGAAAAUGUUGUUUCAACACAGCCACAGGAUUCAAAUAAAUCUUUUCAAGGUGUUCAAGGUGUCCAGAAACAAGAUGGUAACACUGUUGGUCAUGUAUCAGCCUCCGUCGAAAUAGAUUUGCGGGAUCUUAAAGAUAAUCCAUGUCAAGAUCAGCCAAUAGAUUCUCAGAGUUCUGCAUCGUUCCCUAUGACAGAGUCUCCCCUUUUAUCUGAAAAAUCAAAUUCCAAAAUCCCACUCACUCAAUCACCAUCUCCGGUUGUUGCUCUGGCAUCCUGGUUGGGCUCUAACUAUAUCGAAUCCAAAAGUUCUACAACUGGCACCCCCUCUCUGGAAUCUUCUGUCUCUAUUAGUGAGUUUGACGCAUUAGACCAAAAGUCUGGGUCCCAAGGUUCAUCUUCCGCCAAUACAUUAUUUUCAGUUAGCCCAAAACUUCUCCUUGAAGUCGAUGAUUCUGGCUAUGGUGGGGGCCCUUGUUCAGCUGGAGCAAGUGCUGUGUUAGAUUUUAUGGCAGAGGUACUUGCUGAAUUAAUGACUGAACAGAUUAAAGCAGUACAGGUUUUGGAGAGCAUUUUGGAGAUGGUACCUUUAUAUGUCGAUGCUGAAUGUGUACUGGUUUUCCAAGGUUUAUGCCUUAGUAGAGUGAUGAACUUUCUUGAAAGGCGUCUCUUGCGUGAUGAUGAGGAAAACGAGAAAAAACUGGACAAGAGCAAAUGGUCAGCAAACUUGGAUGCGUUUUGUUGGAUGAUCGUGGAUCGUGUAUAUAUGGGUGCUUUUCCUCAAUCCACAGGUGUCCUCAGAGCUCUUGAGUUCUUGUUAUCAAUGCUGCAGUUGGCUAACAAAGAUGGUCGGGUUGAAGAAGUCACUCCUUCAGGAAAGGGUCUGUUAUCUAUUGGAAGGGCAACCAGGCAACUGGAUGCUUAUGUGCACUCAAUCCUGAAGAAUACAAAUAGAGCGAUCCUAUAUUGUUUCCUUCCAUCGUUCUUGAUCAUCAUUGGAGAAGAAGAUCUACUAUCACGACUGGGCUUACUUGUUGAAUCUAAGAAGCGGCCAUCUUUGAAUCCAAAUGUUGAUGAAUCUGGUAUUGAUAUCUCAACAGUUUUGCAACUGUUGGUUGGGAACAGGAGGAUUAUAUUCUGCCCUAGUAAUCUUGAUACUGAUUUGAAUUGCUCCCUUUGUGUGAACUUAAUCUCUCUACUCAGUGACCAGAGAAAGAAUGUGCAAACCAUGGCACUCGAUAUUGUCAAAUAUUUGCUGGUUCACCGAAGAUCUGCUCUUGAGGACUUGCUUGUCUCUAAACCAAACCAAGGACAAAAUCUUGAUGUACUACAUGGGGGUUUUGAUAAACUGUUAACUGGAAAUCUGCCUGAUUUCUUCAAGUGGCUUGAGAGCUCUGAACAGAAUAUAAAUAAGGUACUGGAGCAAUGCGCUGCCAUCAUGUGGGUACAGUACAUAGCUGGCUCAGCAAAAUUUCCUGGUGUCAGGAUAAAAGGCAUGGAGGUUCGGCGUAAGAGGGAGAUGGGAAGAAAAUCACGAGAUGGGUCAAAGCUAGACCUAAAGCACUGGGAGCAGAUAAAUGAAAGAAGAUAUGCGCUAGAAGUAGUACGUGAUGCAAUGUCCACUGAGCUUAGAGUUGUCCGGCAAAACAAAUAUGGUUGGAUACUUCAUGCUGAGAGUGAAUGGCAAACUCAUCUCCAACAACUUGUUCAUGAGCGUGGAAUAUUUCCAUUGCGUAAAUCCCAAGGAUCUGAUGAUCCUGAAUGGCAGCUCUGUCCUAUUGAAGGUCCAUACAGAAUGCGCAAAAAGCUUGAGCGGUGCAAGCUGAAAAUUGAUAGUAUUCAGAAUGUUCUAGAUGGUAAGUUGGAGCUUGGAGAAGUUGAGCUACCUAAGGCAAAAACUGAGGAUGGUGUAAUCAUUUCGGAUACAGAUUCUGAACCAGCUUUCCAGCUAACUGAACUUUAUGAUGAGUCCUUUGUGAAAGAAUCUGAUGAUUUUAAGGACGUAGCUUCAGCUAGCAAUGGAUGGAAUGAUGAUAGGGCUAGUAGCACAAAUGAAGCCAGUCUUCAUUCCGCUCUUGAUUUUGGUGGCAAGUCAAGUGUAGCAUCUGCUCCAAUAACAGACAACACAAAUGCAAAAUCGGAGACUGGCUCUCCGAGGCAGUCAUCUUCUGGAAAAAUGGAUGAAACCAGAGGUUUGGAGGAGAAAUCUGAUAAGGAACUGAAUGAUGAUGGUGAAUAUUUGAUCAGACCGUAUUUGGAGCAUCUUGAAAAGAUUAGAUUCAGAUACAACUGUGAGAGAGUCAUUGGUCUUGACAAGCAUGACGGGAUAUUCUUAAUUGGAGAACUCUGCUUGUAUGUUAUAGAGAACUUUUACAUUGAUGAUACAGGGUGCAUUUGUGAGAAAGAAUGUGAAGAUGAAUUAUCUGUUAUCGAUCAGGCUUUGGGUGUGAAGAAAGAUGUCACUGGAAGCAUGGAUUUCCAGUCCAAGUCUAGCACUUCUUGGACUACACCAGUGAAAACAGGAGCUGUAGGCGGGAGAGCAUGGGCUUACUGUGGUGGUGCAUGGGGAAAGGAAAAAGUACGAACAAAGGGGAACUUGCCACAUCCUUGGCGUAUGUGGAAGUUGAAUAGCGUUCAUGAGAUUUUAAAGCGUGAUUACCAGCUACGUCCUGUUGCUAUCGAGAUAUUUAGCAUGGAUGGAUGUAAUGAUCUCCUUGUGUUUCACAAGAAAGAGAGGGAAGAAGUCUUCAAAAAUCUGCUUGCCAUGAAUCUUCCAAGGAAUAGCAUGCUCGAUACGACCAUUUCAGGAUCAGUAAAACAGGAAAGUAACGAGGGUAGCCGUCUUUUCAGAUUAAUGGCAAAAUCUUUUUCAAAAAGAUGGCAAAAUGGGGAGAUUAGCAAUUUCCAGUAUCUAAUGCAUCUCAACACCUUAGCAGGGCGGGGAUAUAGUGAUCUCACUCAGUAUCCGGUGUUUCCUUGGAUUCUCGCUGAUUAUGAGAGUGAAAAUCUUGACUUGUCAGAUCCAAAAAUAUUCCGCAAGCUUGACAAACCAAUGGGUUGCCAGACACCUGAUGGGGAAGAAGAAUUUAGGAAGCGAUACGAGAGCUGGGAUGAUCCAGAGGUCCCGAAAUUUCAUUAUGGGUCUCAUUAUUCGAGUGCUGGCAUUGUUCUGUUUUAUCUUAUUCGCCUCCCACCAUUCAGUGUUGAGAAUCAGAAGCUACAAGGGGGUCAGUUUGAUCAUGCUGAUCGGCUCUUCAAUAGUAUCAGAGAUACUUGGCUAAGUGCAGCUGGAAAAGGGAACACAUCUGAUGUGAAAGAACUAAUUCCUGAAUUCUUCUACAUGCCUGAGUUUUUGGAAAAUAGAUUCAACCUUGAUUUGGGUGAAAAACAGUCAGGAGAGAAGGUUGGUGAUGUUAUGUUACCCCCAUGGGCUAGGGGCAGUGUCCGUGAAUUCAUCCGCAAGCAUAGAGAAGCUUUGGAGUCUGACUAUGUUUCAGUGAAUCUGCAUCAUUGGAUAGAUCUCAUCUUUGGGUACAAACAGAGAGGAAAGGCUGCAGAAGAGGCUGUCAAUGUUUUCUAUCACUAUACCUACGAGGGCAACGUAGAUAUAGAUGCAGUUACAGAUCCCGCAAUGAAAGCAUCGAUACUUGCUCAGAUUAAUCAUUUUGGACAAACCCCUAAGCAACUGUUCCAGAAACCUCAUGUCAAAAGAAGAACAGACAGAAAACUUCCUCUUCACCCUCUGAAGCAUUCGAUACAUCUUGUUCCCCACGAGAUACGUAAAUGCUCAUCUUCUAUAAGCCAAAUCGUUACUUUCCACGACAAGGUACUUGUUGCCGGAGCAAACUGUUUCCUGAAACCCAGAGGCUAUACCAAAUACAUAACAUGGGGUUUCCCGGACAGGAGCCUGAGAUUUAUGAGCUAUGAUCAGGACAGACUGCUCUCCACCCAUGAAAACCUCCACGAAGGCAACCAGAUCCAGUGUGCUGGUGUUAGCCACGACGGGCGGAUUUUGGUCACUGGAGCAGAAGAUGGGUUAGUGUCUGUCUGGAGAGUCAGCAAGGAUGGUCCACGUGGUUCUCGGCGUUUACGGUUAGAGAAAGCUUUGUGUGCCCACACAGCCAAAGUCACUUGUCUCCGUGUAAGCCAGCCUUACAUGAUGAUUGUUAGUGGAUCAGAUGACUGUACUGUUAUUAUAUGGGAUCUCAGUUCCUUGAGUUUCGUGAGGCAACUUCCCGAGUUCCCAGUUCCCGUUUCAGCCACCUACGUAAAUGACCUUACCGGGGAAAUAGUAACAGCUGCUGGAACUGUUCUUGCAGUUUGGAGCAUCAAUGGGGAUUGCCUCGCUGUGGUUAACACUUCUCAGUUACCAUCUGAUUCCAUUGUGUCAGUGACGGGUUCAACAUUUUCGGAUUGGCUGGAAACAAGCUGGUAUGUGACUGGUCAUCAGAGUGGGGCACUGAAAGUGUGGCACAUGAUACAUUGUACUGAUCCGGUGAGUGCUGAGAGCAGAACAAGUAGCAACAGAACAGGAGGGCUGAAUUUGGGUGAUCAGGUUCCAGAGUACAGGUUGCUUCUCCACAAGGUUUUGAAAUUCCACAAGCAACCCGUUACUUCUCUUCAUCUCACUAGCGACCUGAAGCAGUUACUGAGCGGCGAUUCCACUGGGCAUCUGCUUUCGUGGACACUGCCUGACGAGACAUUAAGGAAUUCUCUGAAAAAGGGGUCGUAGAUUUCAAUCAAAAGCAGCACUUACUUGAUGCUUUCACUGGAAAGGACAAAGCCGAAAAGGGCUGGAGAGAGAGAGAGAGAACAGGACAACAUAGAAGGCUGAUCAAGUGAGAGUGUGGGAACCUAUGACAAAGUCUUCGCCUUUACUUCAUCUUGGGAGUCAGAGCGGGGAAAAUGGCAAAGAGAGGCUUUGUCUUGCGUGUUCUGGUAAAGGUUUGUGUUGAGAAUGGAAGUGUUGGUGUUUUCUGUUGCUUCAUAGUGUAAAUAGAUGGGAGUGUUUGUGUGUACAGCCGAAAUGUAAUGUCUUUUUUGGCGGCCAAGUCCUCUCUUCUUUCUCUGUUGUUGUUCUCUUUCUUUAGUGUAUCAGAUGCAUUCAUCUAUUUUUCUUCUGUCUUUGUUCAAUUACAAUAGCUUGUGACCAUAUGUAUACCCAUCUUCUGUUUCGACAUGAGUGUUCAUCUUCCCUCUUC